GAGCUUUAAGAGUUCAACAAGCAGACAACCCUCCUCUCAAGCGAAGAUGAUUCGUGUAUAGUUAUUCAGCGUUUCCAAAAAACUUUAAGUAAAGAUUGAAACCCGGCAGGAGCAGGAGGCGGUGAUCCAAGUCAUCCAAUUCGGGUUUUACGUCAUUGUCCACCGGUUUAUCUGUUUGAAUAAGUAAUUUACUCCGACGUUAUGUCCCAUUGUUGUGUUAAAUGAGUGUGUUUUGUAAUGUACGCGAGGUUGACUUCACCGGUGGCUUUAGUGCAGAUCGUCUUCUUGCUGUGUUUAUUUUCGGCGCCGGUUUGUUCGGGUCUGAAGGUGCUCGUUCGUCUUCAUGAUGGGAAGAUAACGGAGGAGAUUUUGGAGGCGGACAGUGAGAAAGACAUCAUAACACUAGAGUUCAAGCAGGGAGACGGGACUCUCAUCACAUUUCUGUCGGAUUUCAAGCGGCAUGUGAAGAUCUUUCGUGCAUUGGUCCUCGGGGAGCCAGAGAGGGGUCAGACACAGUAUCAAGCCCUGUGUUUCAUCUCCCAUUUGGAUCACGGAGAGCUCAUCCCCAGUGAAGCCAUGACCAGACUAAGACAGAAAAACCCUCGUGUGGUGCGGAGUGCAGAAGAGAUGCGAGGAGUGGAACGGCUCAGUAUGAACGCAGUGGUCAAUAUGAGUAUCUCCUGGCAUCUCAGUACUCAUAUACGUAAUGUCUGCAGGGAAGCCCAGGACCUUGUGUACACACGACAACAAGAUGUCAAGCACUGGCUGGACAGAGGGGUAGAGGGUUCGAUUUUCAAGGUGCUUCCCCAGAGUCUGGACGUCGCUGGUUUGCAGAGUUGUAACUCUACAGCAGACCCGUGGCAGCCGUGCGUAUGCAGUUACAGGAUAAAUCUGGAGUGGUUUCCUUGUCAGCUUAAGUACUGCCGGAGUCAGGGGUCCAAUCCCUACAAGUGUGGCAUUAAAAGUUGUAGCAAAGGCUACCGGUUUGACUUCUACACGCCCCAUAAACAGCUGUGCCUUUGGGAUGAGGACUCUCAAUAAUAUAUGUUAUGAAAAAAAAAACAUUUUUAUUUGGUUGAUACAAAACGGUAUUUUGUAGGUACUUUAAAACAAAUGUGUGUAAUGUGUAUAGUAUGGAAAUUGUUCUUAAUCACAGAUUUGUAAACACAAUGGUAUUGUGAAAAAAUAUAUUUUAUAAAAGGUUUUUCACAGAAUAACCCUCAGUAAUUUGUUACUUAGAGGAACAAUUUUUUAUUGAGGAUGGUAACCUAAAAUUUAAUACGCACUUCAAUAUUUUGAAAUAACUUUUUUUUAACUCACUUACAAAAAUACGCUUCUGUGUUAGACAGAAAGCAUCAUAAUGAGAAUGAAUAGAUAUUUUUACGUGGGUUUUCAAGCUUUCUUUUUGGGGCAAAACUACAGUGGUAUCUCAGGGCAGAAAAAUGUGUUAUUGUAAGUCGUAGGUUUAGUGCUACUUUACGGCAGCUGUCUAGUAGUUCCUGCUUUGGUUCUAAAUAGUCUUUGACGGGGUCGUUCACCCAAAAAUGAAAAAUAAUUAUUUCUUCAUUUACUCACCCACAGGUUCAAAACCUGUCAAAUGUGUUUGUUCUGUUAAAAACAAAUGAAGUUAUUUGUAAGAAUAUCAGUAACCAAACAGAUCUCACCCCCAAUUUACUCCCAUAGUAUUUAUUCUUCCCACUAUGGCAAUAAAUAGGGGAUGAGAUCUGUUUGGUUGCCAAUAUACUUCCAAAGAUCUUCCUUUGUGUUCAAGUUAAUUUACACAGAUUUGGAACAACCUGAGGGAUAAAUGAUGACAGAAUUUAUAUUUUGGGGUGUACUGUCCCUUUAAAACAUAUUUUACCUUUUCAAAUCAUCCCUUAUGUUAAGGAUAAAAUUUGUAUUUUGAUAACUGUAAAAAAUCCUAUUUUACAAAAGGUUCUGUUGUUUACAAAAGUCUUUUCAAGUUGUAUUAACUGAAGCACCCUUAAAAACGUAUAAGCUGUUACUUCACAUUUACAGAGUUAUUCAGGCUUUUAUUUCUGUUAUUGCAAUUUCAAACAAAUACAAAGAACUUUCCAAUUCCUUUUUGCUAAUUCUGCCUUAAACAGCUGUUUUCAGUAUACACUUACACAGAAUAUUUACAUUUGAGAUUAGAGUUUAUAUGGCAGCUAAAACAGUGUCUCUGAACUUAUUGUGAUGAUGUCUAUAUAUUGCAAAUGCUUUCAUUUGAUGCCACAUUUCUUAGUCUAAGCGAAGUUGCUCUCUAUAGCCAUGACUAAUUCUAAUUUACAUUUCAAUUGCAAUUGUUUCGGGUCUGUAAUAUACAAUAUGGGGUGCAUGAGGUACUCCAGUGUUGUCUCAUGAUCUAUUAAUUUCAUGGUUAAGGGUCUAAACUAGGCCUACCCUUUUACUACUGUUUACUUGGCGGUGUAACAUAUCUGAUUAUCUUACUAUUCUGAUAUGUCAUUUCUUAUUAUAUUUCUUUUCAUUUUCUUUAUUUUUUAGAAAUUCUUCUGCUGAACACAAAGGCAGAUAUUUGAAAGAAUGUCAGUAUCCAAAGAGAUCCCAUCCACCAUUGACUCCAGUUGAAUUUAUUUUGGCAAUAAUUGGGGCAUGAGAUAAUUUUCGUUACUGACAUUCUUCCAAAUAUCUUCCUUUGUGUUCAACCUAACAAAGAAAUGUAUACCGUUGAUGACAUCGUUUAAUUUCUUUGAUGAACUGCUUUAAGUAUUUUAAACAUGCACUGCCGAAAUUGAACAACUAAGGUAUUUUAUACUGUCUGUUUUUUACAAGACAUAAUUUAUAAAAUAAAAGU